AAGCCAAUAUUUUUAUAUCAUUCUCUCGCCAUAAUAGCACGAAAAAAGUUAAGUAUCGGUUUUGGAAAAUAUCGUUCCGUUGUUGAGAAAAUUAAUUUUUUUGAAACAGGUAGCAAAAAACAAGGAAUGUCGCUUGUAUUUUGCAGUUUUCAUUGUUAAACUCCUAUUUUUCCGCAUAACUAAUGUCAUAUUUGGAAUCAGCAUAAAACACUGAAUUGAUUCAUAUGUGUUACAGUAGUUUUGGACAACUUUCAUUUUUCCGCAAAAAUCUCGGUCGAAAAGUUCGAAAUUUAUUAUGGGCAUAUGUCUAGCAGUUUACUAAGAUAAUAAUACUUUCGUUGGGUUUGGUGACCAAAUCAAACCCAAAGUGUUUAGGAUUACAAAUCCCAAAUCUUUACCAAACCUAAACCCACCAAACACAAAUAUCCGGGUUUGGUGCAUCCCUAGAUUGCACAAAUUCCGGUUUUCAGAUUGUACAGUAGAUGUGAGUCAUCGUGAUCACUAAUCUGGUGAGUCAUUGCGAUGUCUCAUUAUAUUGUCGUGUUGUCCUGCCAAAAACAUUUUUGCAAAAAUUCACCGUGAAAUAAUUAAAAUGAAUAAGUGAAUGUAACUCGUUAUAAUGACUUUGUGCUAAAGUGCAACCCCCCCGUAAUAGAAGCCCCGGGGGGUUCUAAACUGUCUAAGCGUUGAAACCUUUUGAGGGGGGCUUCUAAUAGGUCCCACUAUUAUUCAAGGGUUUCACGCACAAAAAUUUUGUAACAAUUUUUAGGAUUUUCCAUAGCUUUUCAAAGGAAUUUCGAGAUUCUCAUGCUGGUAUGUAAAAUUUAAAAGAGUUUUUACCUUAAAAUUCUAAAAAUUGGACAGUUUUUACUUUAGAAAUACUGAUAAAACUUUCCGAAAAUUUCAAAAUUUUUUUCAAAUAAGAGGGGCUUCUACUACAUUUUUCAUAUCGAUCUCUCCAAGGGAGUUGGAUGUCUGAAAAUCGAUCUCACUAAAUGUUUUAAGAUUCGGUGGAGUCCGAACAAAGAGAAAAGGUCCUUUCGUUUGGACUUUCAAUAUAUAUAGCGUCUAUAAUUGUUUUCUGUUCCUUUAGAAUUACUUGAUCGAAUAGAAAAACGGAAAGUCAGCGUAGGUGGCAGAAUUCGAUUUAGUGGCGCGAGAACUGGAGGAGCUCGUACAAGCGGUACACGAACAUCAGGGGGUAUAAGAAGUAUUAUUCGUGGUUCAAGUGGUUCAUCAUCUAGAAGUAGCAGGUCGAAUCAAUAUACAAAUAGAAAUACCGGACAACGUUAUAAUCAACCAGCUGGCACAUCUUGGUCGCGUAAUGCGUUUUUAUUUUUGUCAGUAUCACGAGUAUAUUCUCAUCGAUCCUCUGCAGCAUAUCGUCGCUCUGCUUAUUCAUCAACACCAUCCCCAACGUCAGUUUAUUAUUGUACAAACGCGAUAACAGAACAAGAGAUCGAAUGUAGUACAGUAAAUGAACAAGAUGAAUGUUGUGAUAAGGAUCAAACUAAUGGUACACUUGGCGUUGAGUGUUGUGGAGGAGCCCUACCUGAUGAUUGGGAUUUGAAUAAAUCAGUUAAAAAAGCGUAA